CAUUUCAUUUCUCUAGCUACCCACAUCGAUCACUCCAUCGUCAUCUCUGUGCUGCUGCAUCAACAACAAUGGCUGCCGGUGCAACGGCGAUCAGCUCGGAGCAGAUGAGCGAGUUCAGGGAGGCCUUCUCCUUCUUCGACAAGGACGGCGACGGCUGCAUCACGGCGGAGGAGCUGUCCACUGUCAUCCGCUCCCUGGGCCAGACCCCGACGCCCGAGGAGCUGCGCAACAUGGUGUGCGACGUGGACGCCGACGGCAACGGCACCAUCGAGUUCGCCGAGUUCCUGGCGCUCAUGUCCCGCAAGGCCGACGCGGACGCGGACGCCAGCGACCCCGAGGAGGAGCUCCGGGAGGCCUUCAGGGUGUUCGACAAGGACCACGACGGCCACAUCUCCAAGGCCGAGCUGGGCCAUGUCAUGAUCAGCCUUGGCGAGAAGCUCACCGACGAGGAGGUCGAGGAGAUGAUCCAGGAGGCCGACCUCGACGGCGACGGCCUCGUCAACUUCGACGAGUUCGUCAGGAUGAUGAUGCUCUCCGACGCCGACCAGCAGCAGCACUGAGAUACAUUGCCCGUCCAUUUCUCCAGUGGAAAACUGACGACCGGCCUGGUCGCCGUGAUUAAUUCAGGUUCAGUAGCGCCGAGUCAAUCAGCUGUAUGUCUCAGCUAGCUGCUCCAUUUCUUCAGCUGAAACUGGCCGGAAUUCUGCCGGAGUUUUCAUUUACUCACUAACGAAACUGGCCGUGCAUGUAUAGAUGUAUGGAUUGGUUGGUUACCGAUAUUGGGCUCGUGAACUAAAUGAUGUGAUUGGUCAUAAAAAAGU